AGUCCUAUGGAAGCGUCGCCUCUGUUUUAUCCACUGCUCUGGUUCAGACCAGAGAAACUCCCGUUACAUUGAAGAUUGGAACAUUUUGGAAGAAUGGAGAAGGAGAAGGAGAAAGACCAGGACCAGGACCAGGUUUCCAGAGGAGAGUUAGGAGGAUUCAACUCCGUGAGGCAAAGCUCCAAUCUUGUUGCAGCGGUCUCAGGACCUGAGGCCCGUAACACUGACACCAAGAAUCAUACAGGAAGAUCCAAAAGACACUGCUGUGAUGAUUGCGAACAAGUCUUCACCACUUCAUCAAACCUGAAGAUCCAUAAGAAAACUCACACUGGUGAUAAACCAUACAGCUGUGAUCAGUGUGGAGCGGCUUUUACCCAUAAAAGUAACCUAACGAGACACCAACAUAUUCACACUGGAGACAAGCCUUACAAAUGUGAUCAUUGUGGAGCAGCUUUUGCCGAGCAAGGUGCGCUAACAAGACACCAACGUAUUCACACGGGAGACAAGCCUUACAGGUGUGGUCAGUGUGGAACGGCUUUUGCCCAGCAAGAUGCUCUAACGAGUCACCAACGUAUUCACACUGGGGAAAAGCCUUACAGGUGUGAUCAGUGUGGAGCGGCUUUUAUCCGGCAAGGUGAUUUGAUGACUCACCAACGUAUUCACACGGGAAACAAGCCUUACAGGUGUGAUCAGUGUGGAGUUGCUUUUGCCCAGCGAGGUCAUUUGACGAGUCACCAACGUAUUCACACUGGAGACAAGCCUUACAGGUGUGAUCAGUGUGGAGCGGCUUUCGCCCAGCAAGGUGCUCUAACGAGACACCAACGUAUUCACACUGGAGAGAAGCCUUACAACUGUGAUCAGUGUGGAGUUGCUUUUGUCCAUCAAAGUAGCCUAACGACUCACCAACGUAUUCACACUGGAAACAAGCCUUACAGAUGCGAUCAGUGUGGAGCAGCUUUUGCCGAGCAAGGUGCUCUAACGAGACACCAACGUAGUCACACUGGAGAGAAGCCUUACAACUGUGAUCAGUGUGGAGUUGCUUUUGCCCAGCGAGGUCAUUUGACGAGUCACCAACGUAUUCACACUGGAGACAAGCCUUACAGAUGUGAUCAGUGUGGAGCGGCUUUUGCCCAGCAAAGUAAUUUGACGAGACACCAACGUAUUCACACUGGAUAAAAAGUGUACAUCUGUGAUCAGUGCACGACAGAUACACGCAUUUCCACGUACAUAUACACCCACAAGUCCAGUCCACCCCACCAUCCCCUCACCCAGCGCAGAAUGAGGAAGUCAGCCGUCCCGAUCGGCCAUCACAAUACAAAUGAUGAGACAAGACAAGAGAAAUAUUUGUUGGGCCACAGUCCGAUAUGAACUAUGGAUUGUGUGAUUAUAUGAACAGUUGAGGCCUUGGGUCAGCUCUGAGUCCCAGUUCUGGGGCCUCAGGCUGAGACCAGCCUCGAAUUUAUGAUACCUGAUCGCAUGGUUUGGAACAAAGGAAACCUCAUGGACGCAAAGCUCAACCAGGAUUUGGAUCUAAGGCCCUGCAGUGAUAAGGAACGGCCCCUGAUUGGACACAGACCCCAAGCCACAGGGAGGCCUUGACUUCCUGGGCCAGCUAUAAAAGGAAAAGCUCUCUUCUCCUCUGCUCUGUCCGUUUUGCAGCGAGUGGCACGCAAGUUUUCUGAGCCCAAAGAGGAGCCGAACCAGGGACCCUGCAGGCCUCGACGUGAACACCUUUGGACCGACCUGGAGCUGAAGCAGGCCCAGCUGCUGUGCCCAUGUAUUCCCCUCAUCCACACUGGUCCUCAUCUGGACCAGGAGAGAGAGAGAGGGACGCUCUUUAUCAGGAUCCCCUGCUGAGCGUAACUACUCUUUGUUUCAUCAAGAAACACUGACCGGCCGGAUCAAACCACUUUCUCUUCAUUUACAAAGAUUCACGUAAGAGGCUGUUCUGUGUCUGGGCACAGAAACUUAGUAACACAUUUUAAAAGUUAGUUUUACGUUGUGAGCCGGACUGGUGGUCCCGUCACAACUGUGCUCAUUAGUUGAGUGUGUUUGUUUAAUGUUUUCUCCCCUCAUUCUGCUCCUACUAACCCCCCAA